AUGGAGGAUGAAGGCCUGCCCUACUCCAGUAUCAGCGCCUUCAAUGCUCAUCUGCCACCACUUCCUCUGUCCAGGUCAACAAGAAAGCUCCAUGUCUACUUGCCAACGCAGCACGGCGUGCGCAACAUGUUCAUGUCGCAGUAUCAAAACUCCGGCCCAGCCUAUCAGCAGUUUGGUCAGCACUUUCCGGCCAAUGGCGCUUCUUUCCCCCAGCCGAACAACUGGCUGAACACGCCCAUGCUCCAGCCUCACCAGUUCGCUCCUUCUUCGCCACAGGGAUUCCAGCAGACGCAGCAGUACAGCCCCACCACCACGCAGCCGCCCCAGGGAUACCGCCAGAUGCCUUACUACAUUCCCCAGCGCACCCAGUCCCAGGCUCACCAACGCGCUCUUUCUAUUCAAUUGCCCCAGGGCACAUCGCAGUUCGAGCUUCCUGCCCAGCCGGCAAGUGCUGGUGUCACGACGCCGCAGCAGGAGCUCAAUCGCAGACUGUCUUUACCGCCGCAAGCUUUCCAACAGCAACCGAACCAGUCGGUAGAGCGACCAACGCGCCCUACUCUGUCGCGUUCGCCUACUGCUCAUUCUUUGCAGAACCGCCAGUCUCUGUCACCGCAGACUGCGUCACCAACUGCAGGCUCAGUGCACGAUGUCUCGCGCGUGCAGAGCGGCCCUAAUACGCCCUCGUCAUCUUACACGAUGAGCAGCCCAGCGAACUACCCGUUCAGCUCGCAGGCUCUCAACACCAACCCUUUGACUCUCUCAAUGCCCCCUGAGUCGCAGCAGUUCAUCGGAUCGGCUCUUGAUAUCAACGACCCGCGCACUGCCACUCUCAUGGCUGGCAGCGAGAAUAUUCCUCAGCCCUUUACCACCUACACGUAUAAUCCCAACAAGAUCACCCGUACAUCAAGCACCAGCAGCAUGUCGGACAAUGCCACUGGUUCCGCGCAAACCUUGUCGUCGGGUCUCAAUCUGAAGACCGAGCCCAUUUCUGGCGCCACCUCACCGGCCGUCUCCACUGUCGUCACAGAGAACCUCUUUGCAAACGACACAUUCUUCACCGCUGGAAGUAAUGAUUAUAAUUCUUUCUCCUAUUUCCAGGACAGCGAGUUUACCCAGCCCUUCGAUGAUCACUCCCUUAACGAUCAAGACAACGGCAAUAGCUUUGUCAACUGGGAUUAG